AGUGUUUUGAAUAAUUUUGCGGAAUUAUGUCGGGAACUGGCUCGGGAUAUGAUCUUUCGGCGACGACGUACUCUCCAGAUGGGAGGGUCUUCCAGAUUGAAUACGCCCAGAAAGCUGUUGACAACGGCGGCACUGCUCUCGCUCUGUGUUGCAAGGAUGGGGUCGUCUUCGCUAAUGAGAAGUUCCUCUUGUCGAAGAUGUUGGUUCCGGGCACAAAUAAAAGGAUUUUCCCAGUCGAUCGUCAUGCCACUCUGGCCAUCUCUGGGCUUGUGGCCGAUGCUAAACAGAUCGUUGAAAGGGCGAGAGAAGAGUGCUCCCAGUAUAAGCAAGUUUACUCGACUCCUAUACCUGGACCAGUAUUGGCAGACCGUGUAGCUAUGUUCAUGCAUAUGUACACGCUUUAUUGGAGUGUCCGGCCCUUUGGCAGUACUGUCCUGUUGGGUAUCUACGACGAAGUCGAGGGCCCUCAGCUGUACGGCAUCGACCCCAGCGGGACCGCUAUUAAGUUCAAGGGGAUCGCUGUUGGUAAGGGUCGUCAAGCUGGGCGUACUGAAGUCGAAAAGCUCCUGCCCGUCGAUGCUUCGAUCCCUUAUGUGAAUCUUACUUGUGAGGAGGCCAAGUUCUACGCGGCUAAAAUCAUUCAGAAAUGUCAUGAUGACAAGGAUAAGGAUUACGAGUUGGAGAUGGCUGUGCUAUGUGAUGCUAGCGGAAAGUCGCAUAAAAUGAUUUCUCAAGAGGAGGUCCAUCAACUUCAAGAGCGGGCCAAGAAGGCGAUUGAAGAGGAAGAGGAUGCACAGAUGGAGCAGGACUAGUUCGUGGUUGCUAUCCAAUAGGUCCCUGGUUCGAUUCCCCGGAGUGACUCCUAUC